AUGGCUCUUCGCAAGGCCACCUCUAAGCGAACAAAAUCGGGUGCUCCGGUUUCGCCACUGGAAAUGGAACCACUUGCACGCACCAUGAGUGGUCGUCAACGACGACCAACUGAAAAAGCAAGCUACCAAGGGUUGGAAUUACAACAGGUGCUGAAGAUGGCCUAUCAAAAUGAUCCCGACCAUUUCGAAAAAGAGCCGUCAGUACUGCUUAGCGACAUCGACAAGGAGGAGGACACCAUGUUCUCAGAUCACAGUGUGCAGACGAAGCUGUCGAAACCCAAGCUUCUGACUUUCAGUACUGGGGAAGAUUCCCAAAGCGUCACGCACCACCACUCCCACAACCAGUGCGCGCAAGUUGACAAAGGGUCCGAAAGAGUAGUUCCACCAAGUGAUAGGGACUUGGACGGCACUUCGGACGGCACUUCUACUACCUCGGAUGAUACCAGUGAUGAGUCUGGUAACGACUCUGAACCUGAGGCUGACCAGAUCGACAAUUGUGCAGAGGAUGGUGACACUGCCAUGGAAUCAUCAAUGGCUGCUCAGGGGAUAAAACGAUGUCUCGAUACGCGCCAGAAGAGCUAG